AUGAGCAGAUAUUUCUCAAGGGCAACAGAGCGUAUCUCCCAUUCUGCAGUUCUACUGUUGCAUGAGGUCAUACCGACCAUGGACAGCAUCACAAGGAAGCUCGAAAAGUACCUUGAGGAUGCAACUCUUUACCCAGCUGUGUGCGCUGGCGUCACGCAUGGUCUUGCUAUCACUGACAAGUACUACUCAAAAACAGAUGAGUCUAUCAUGUGGAAGACAGCAAUGAUUAUGCACCCAAGAUACAAGCUUAGCUACUUCAAACAGCAGGGGUGGCUGUGCAUGAGUGGAUCUGUCCUGAGUUGCCAAACUGCAGAGACAGUGACAAAGAAUGAAGAUUUAUUUGCCGAUAUUGAUAACUAUGGGCGUAGCACUGAAGGAGAUGUCUUCGAGGCUUAUAUCAAUGAUCCGGCAACAGACUGUGGUGAUCCAAUUAUACAUUGGAGUGCGAAGUUGGACAAGCGGGAUGCGAAGUCGAAGAAGAAGGUUGUUACACUGAUGGGUGCACUCACAAGAAUGGCACUCGAUUUUUUGUCUGCCUCUGUUUUCUCUCAUGGCGGGCUUGUGCUCAAUAAACGCCGGCAUAAGCUAUCUGCAGAGUCAACACGGGCGAAUGUCAUACUGAACUCUUGGGGCAAGGUGGAGGGUCUCAUACCCAAAAAGGUUCUUGUGAAGAAGUUCAAUGAGAAAGCAUUGCGGCCAAAUAAUGGAGGGGGGAAAAAGAAGGCAGUGGUAGAGAUCAUAGACAGCACUGAUGAUGAGGGCAAUCUGGUAGUAGCGAGGAUGAUGAGGACAGUGAUGAAGACCAUGGAGACCAUUAGAAUUAAAUUUUAA